ACGCAUUUGGGACCUAAUAUACGAUGGGAGAUAAGGAGGACUCUGGUGGAGGUGAUACUUCAGUCCAAGGAGGCAGCUCAACCCAAGAUUCUGGCAUUGCAGAACAAAGGGGAGCGCGUACAAGCCAGGGGUCACUGCUUAAGGAGGUGCUGAAGAACUUCACCAUUGAGAAGAACAAUGACACCAUGCAAGGACUUGCUGGAUGCUGUGCGAGUGCCUCCAAUCUCUGAAGUGCGCUCAGCAUCCGGACAUGCAGUGAAGGUCGCUGGAGUUGGUCGAGCUGCAUUCAGAGCACCUGAUGGUGGACUGGUUGUGCUGUAGGACGUGUUACUUGUACCAGGGCUGAAGGGGCCAGGCCGGAGUCAGCACCACCACCAACGGAUCCAAAACAUUCAAGGGGCUGCGAGGAGAUCGUGUGUUAUGGGAUUUACACGAAAGCAGAGAUGUCUUCAGAUCCAUGUGGCAGAUCCCUGCACUGAUAUGGGAAUCAACAAAGAAGGAGUUGGGAAUAGUAAAGGCGGGAUCUGGAGUCCAGGGGGAGUGCAAGGCAGUUAGUGCUGCAGGAGUGACGGUUUCUGCAAGGUCGGGGGAGACUGAUUGGGAAACCGCACACAGGCGUCUGGGGCAUGUGGCUAUGCCAUUGCUGCAGCAACUGCAUAAGGAAGGAGCAGUAAAGGGGCUGAAGCUGUCUGGGCAACCAAAUGAUACCAAGUGCGAGACGCGUCUGCUGAGCAAGUUCACACGGUUCCCCUUUCACGGUGUAGCUGGGAAAAGCAAGGCAGCACUGGAACUGGUGCACAUGGACCUGGUAGGACCUUUUCCAGUUCGAGGAAGUAAGGGGGAAAGGUACUUCCUGACAAUAGUUGAUGACUGGAGUCGGCUGAUGUGGGCAUACCCGUUGAAGCAGAAGGAUCAUGCUGCCUCAACAAUACAAGAUGACUGGCUGCCGUUCGUCGAGCGACAAUCUGGGCACCCAUGCAAGAGCAUCAGAACCGACCGAGUGGCAAGGAACCGCGUACUCACAAAGGUGGCUGAUGAUAUGUGGGUGCCGCUGGAGAGGUGGCUUGGAAAGGAGCCUCCAGUGGACAUGCUCAGAGUGUUCGGAUGCAUGGCAGUGGCGCAUGUCCCUAAACCGCACAGGACAAAGCUUGGAGCAUCUGCACUGUGGUGUGUGCACCUUGGGCUUGCGGCAGAGAGCAAGGGGUGGCUACUCUGGGAGACCUCAAAGAAUGUGCUGUUUGACAGUUGGGAUGUCAAAUUUGUGGAGAACAUCAUGUAUGGCAAGUGGGAGAAGCAGCCGGAGGCAAGGAAUGGCAACGAGAAAGCUGCUGAGCUCUAGAAGUGGAGGAGCCACAACUGAGCACCAGGAACAGGCUCAAGGCGAAGAUGCAGUGCUGUUCUUGGGUGAUGACCAAGAGUCAGAUGACGAGGAGCCUGCAUACUGCUUUUACGCACCAA